CCGAAUCCCGGAGACAAUCCGAAGACGAGGCGUUUCCAGUCGCUGUCUGGGCUGCUGUACCUUCCCGACCGUCUUCUGUUGCUUUUCCCGUUGUUUGGAGUACGGACGAAGAAAACGCCGCUCAAACGUUCAGUUUCUUAUCCUAGCCAUCAUGGAAAUACAGAGAAUUCCUCAAACGAAGACCAAAAGAUAACGAGCGCGAGGAAUAUGACGACAAAUGGACGUUUUAACUGCCUGGAACCACGAAACGGAUGUUUCCCUGUCCCAAACUCUGCGAUACCAUCGAGGAGACGCGCGGACUCGGGAUGUCCCAUAUAGCUGCGCCGAAACUCUGCGUUUGGCUAAUGUUUGAAAUGCGUGCUUGGGGACAAAGGGGGAAAGUUUGAUGUGAUGUAUUCAUUUGGUUUAUUACAGUACACGUUGAGUCUUGCAUCUUGUAACAUUUGAUGCUUCCUGGUGGAAGGGAAACAAUGAAGAUAAAUGCUUUAAGGUCUUCACAACUAUUUUAAUCUUCGAUUUACCCUGUGACUGUCAUUUUAUUGCCUUUUCUAAAAUGUUUUUGAUACUGUUUUGAGGCAGAUGUUAUUCUGGACUCUCCAAAGCACCAAUAUUGUUGUGUGUGUCUGUACCCUGAAGCCUAGACAGCUACACAAGUGACUUGAGAAUAAAGCAGAAAAUAUUCUGUUUGAGGAGGAGAAAAGAAAACAUGGCAGUUGAAGGCCGAAUAACAAUUCUUGACGUUGGACUGUUUGUCAUGGUGGUUCUUCUUGGCCCUGUAGCUGCUGCUCAGAGCGAACACAGGGAGUGCGCUUAUGCAGAAGAGCCGCAGGCUCUAGCGGAGCGGAUUGGUGGACAUGGAGAGGGGCGUGUCUUUCUUGAGAACGCCACCAUUCGCUGUAAUCAUGGAGGCCGCUGCUUUGGACUCUGGGGGAAAAGAAACAAUGAAAUCGUACUAGUGAAGCAAGGUUGUUGGACAAAUGUAGGUGAUCAUCAGGAAUGCUUUGACCACUGCGUGGUGACCAACCCGCCAUCGGUGGUCCAGAAUGGGACGUAUCUCUUUUGCUGCUGCAACAAAGACUUGUGCAACAUGAACUUCACUGAGGACUUCCCUCCUCCCUCACCCACUACCGCACAGCCUCUCUGUGAGUAUUCUUGCCGGCUUUACAGAGAGGAAGCCAUUUUUGUCACCUUAGCAGCUGUCUCCAUGGUCGCUGUCCUUGUUGUUCUGCUUUUUUCCGGGUACCGCGUGCUUAGAGGACGUGGUAAACACUCUCUGCACAGCCUGGAUGUUUUGGAGGCGGCGUUUUCCCCUCCUUCUCUAGAUUUAGACAACCUCAAACUGCUGGAGAUAAUUGGCAGAGGCCGGUAUGGCACAGUGUAUCGCAGUUCGCUGGACGAGUGUUCUGUGGCGGUGAAAGUUUUCAUCUCUGCUAACCGGCAGCAGUUUACUAAUGAGCACAAGAUUUACCGCCUCCUCCUGGACCACGAGAACGUAGCACGCUUCUUAGAGAGCGAGGAAUGUGUGGACACGGAAGGCAGGACGGAAUAUUUCCUCUUACUAGAGUUCUACCCUCAUGGCUCUCUGUGCACGUAUCUAAGCAAGCAGAGUGUGGACUGGCUGAGCUGCUGUCGUUUGGCUCUGUCUGUCACUAGAGGGUUGGCGUACCUGCACACAGAGACACAGAGAGGAGAUGUGUACAAACCGGCCAUCUCCCAUCGGGAUUUGAACAGCAGGAAUGUGCUGGUGAAGGCAGAUGGCUCGUGUGUGAUCAGUGAUUUUGGACUCUCCAUGAUUCUGACGGGAAAGAAGCCGCCUGGGCACGGAGAAGAGGACAACAGUGCCAUCAGUGAGGUGGGUACAGUACGGUACAUGGCCCCAGAAGUGCUGGAGGGGGCGGUAAAUCUGAGAGAUUGUGAGUCUGCGCUGAAGCAGGUGGAUGUUUAUGCUCUGGGUCUGCUUUACUGGGAGACAUUCAUGCGGUGUGCUGACCUCUUCCCAGGUGAGACAGUGCCAGCAUUUCAGAUGGCAUUUCAGGCCGAGGUGGGCAAUCACCCUACUAUAGAGGACAUGCAGGCACAUGUAUCCCGAGAAAAAGAAAGACCCAAAUUCCCAGAAGCCUGGAAAGAGAAUAGCCUGACGGUGCAUUCUCUGAAAGAGACCAUGGAGGACUGCUGGGAUCAAGAUGCUGAAGCCCGACUUACAGCUCAGUGUGCAGAGGAGAGACUCACUGAACUGCUGCUCAUCUGGGACAGAGAAAAAUCAGUCAGUCCUGCUCUCAACCCCAGCGCUGCACCGUAUAACCACAGGAACUUCUCUAUAGGACAGCAGACACCCAAAGUGGGAUCUUACCUCGAAUACUCAUCCACAAACACUGAAGAUCAUGAGAGAGCUGCACUCCACAAUGACACCUCAGCAGACCCGUCCUCAAUGGCAGGAUCAAAUCCUGCAGAGAAGAACAGGAACUGCAUUAACUACGAGUGGCAGCAGGCCCAAUCACGGCAGUCUAGCGCAGAGAGCUCUACCCACGUGCCCAUCACAGACACUUGUCCUGCCAACCAGCCUCCUCCAGGUGGCAAGAGUGAGCCUGUUUGUGCUCAGCUGACCCAGGAGGACCUCGAAACAACAAAACUGGACCCAAAUGAAGUCCAGAGGAAUCUGCGGGAGAGCUCUGAUGAGAGUCUGAUGGAAUAUUCGCAGAAACAGUUCUGUUCUCCGGAAUCUGUGAACUCGCACAUCGCUUUCUACCCCCUCAUGAACGUAGCUGCUGACGUUUCAGGGUCACAGGGUUCCGGAUGCCAUGCUGACACCCCACCAACCAUCUUACCCAAGCAGCAAAACGUCCCUAAGAGACCAAGUAGCCUAAACCUCCACGGUAAGCCCUCUGGGAAAAUACCAACUUCUUUGUCUUCAUCACUGCGGAUGAAAUUUGGAAAACUUGGCAAGUCCAAUCUGAAAAAAGUUGAGAUGGGCGUGGCCAAAGCUAGUGCAGUAAGCACAGCACAUGAGCCUCGGCUGAGUACUGUUGCCAACAACGAAGCUGUGGCAACCGCUAAUAAAUAUGCGGCCGGAGCCGCACCCGAGUCAGCAGGAAGUGCAGUGUUGAGUUCAGAGGACUUUGGCCUCUUGACCACCAGCCCUGAUGAGCAGGAACCUCUGCUGAGAAGAGAGGCGCAUCCCGACAAUGCAAACAACAACAACAGCAAUAACAACAAUGGAGAGGGAGACGAGGAUGGAGAUACUGAGGAAGGAGGGGAAGGAGGAGAGAACAGUGAGAGUGUUGCUCCAACUGGGGAAGCCCCAUCCUCCUCUACCCUGGAGCCUGUUGCACUGCCUGGUCCCUGUCCUGCCACAGCCGUGGUUCCUCCACAGGCCCAAAGCACAGUCCAGACACGUGGAGAAACCCUGCUCAGACAGAACAGGGUGCGCAGACCCGAGAGGCCCAACUCACUGGAUCUGUCCAUCACUACACUGCCAUUGUUAGGCAAGUCUGACGGCAACAUGACAGAGGGAUCAGGAGACAAAAUCAAGAAGCGAGUAAAGACGCCUUAUGCUCUGAAGAAGUGGCGUCCUGCCAGCUGGGUCAUCACCACGGAAACAAUGGAUGCUGAGGUUAACAACAACAACAGUUGUCUUGGAGGGUCCAGUCAGAAUCAGGGUCAGGCCGGUACCAGCAGAUCUAAAUCGGCCUCUGCUGUGUAUUUAGGGAGUCGGGAAGGAUCUCGCUUCUCCGAUCCCAAUGAUUGUGACUUUUGAACUUUAACCUUGAAGGACAGGUAAUGAGCUAACUUUGAACUCCACAGCUCUAAAAAAGCCUAUUUCAGGAUGCUGUGGAGAGAGACUGAUGUGAACAGGACCUUAUACAUGUCUUAAAGUUAACCCCGAUCUUAAGCACAGUAAGAGUCUUAGUGGCUUACUUUACAGUGAAAACAAGUUAUACAGCCAUCUUUAAGUUUGAUGUUAUCAUGCUCAACAUGGCUUCUUUUAAAAUGCAAUUGUAUGUCUUUGUGUUAAUUAUGCAUCUUGUUUUGGUUUCACUAUUUGGAUUGAAAUCAUAAAUCAUAGUAUUUUGACCAUUUUGGUGAAUGGUCCCAAAUCUUGAACCAUUGUAAACACUUAAUUAUCACAGGGUUCCCAUGGUCAUGUAAAGCCUGGAAAUAUCAGGGAAUUUUAAAAUUGUGAUUUUUAGGCCUGGAGAAAUGAUGGAAAUUUUAAUUUCUAUUGUUGAUAUGACAUGUCUAGUCAUGCUCAGCUCUAAAAUGUAUUGGCUAGAAAUUGCUCUGAAUGAGUGCACUCUCUAUCCAAUGAAUUGUAUAAAAAUAACCACAAAGUACUGUAAAAGUCAUGGAAAUUCAAUGGUCAAAAUGAAACCUGUCAUCAGAGUAGAGGGCUACCCAUUAAUGUUCAUAAUUUUAAUCGACUAGAACAUUAUGCAAUGACUCUCACAAAUAUGUCUGAAAGGUGACAAAGCUUUAAUUUCAGUGUGUAACAAAUUAUUAUUAUUAUUAUUUUAUGGGUCCUGGGUUGUGUGUUUUUUCCUAAUUGCUUAAGCUUCAAAAGUAUAGAAAAUGGCUAUUAUUCCCCAUAAAUGUGCUUUUGUGACCAGGACAGUGAUAUUUUGAAAUGUACCUAUUUUCCAGAACAUUCCAGAUAGAUUCAAUGCUGAGUAAACUUCUAGAACUUUCUCAAACUUUCCAGUAAUGUAAAUAGUAGUAUAAAUACAGGGGCCUUAAGCCCACCAGUUCUGUUUAGUUCCAGCUGCCUAAGUGGAUACAUAUCUGCAUUUUUCUGUGAUGUCAUCAAGAGGCCAAUUUGCAGACAGUUGUUACUGUCCGCGGCCAAUUUAUCAAGACAAGAGUGAAAAACUACUCUGUGGAAGCAUCUGCUAAGAUGUGUGAGGCCUACAAGGCAUAUUUUGGCAAUGCCUGUCGGGGAUCAAGACAAACCCAAAGAUGGACAAAGGUAAGAUGGACAAUUGUUGCUAGGAAUUUUAUGUUAAAAUUGUCAGAUGUUUUUUGGGAUGCCUUUGGGACAGCGGGGACAACAAGGCGCACUACCACAGGCGGGACUGGCCACAAUGGACCGAGUUCUCUGUGGGGAGGAACAACGUCAAGUGGGAGCCACUGGUGGAAUCGGGCCUUAUGAAACAAUUUGUCAGAACUCUAGAUAAGGAGUCGGCAGCCUUCAAGUACCUUCAAGACUUCUUCCCUAAGCUGUCUGAGGCAAAGGUCAAAGCCGGUGUCUUCGUCGGACAACAGGUAAAGAAGAUCCUGGAGUGCAAUGAAUUAAUUCCCCAAGAAGUUCACUAGUGAGGAGAAAAUGGCUUGGAACAUCUUUGUCGCAGUGGUUUGGGGCUUCCUGGGCAAUCACAAGGCCGAAAGCUAUGUGGAGCUGGUUGAGACUCUGGUGAAGAACUACGGCACAAUGGGGUGUAGGAUGUCCCUCAAAUUCCAUAUCCUUAAUGCUCAUCUUGAUAAAUUCAAGGAGAACACGUGAGCAUUCUCGGAGGAGCGCUUCCUUUAGGAUAUACUGGACUUUGAACGCCACUACCAAGGACAGUAUAAUGAGAACAUGAUGGGACACUACAUUUGGAAGCUGAUCCGUGAAAGUGAUUUACAGUAUAAUCGUAAAUCUCGAAAAACUACUCGCAUUAAAUCUUUUGUAGUCAUUUUUGUAUUACUUUACUAUAAAUACAUGUUAAUUUGGAUUCAUAUGUUGUUUUUGUCUGACUUUGUGAACGAAAAGACACACAUUCGCCCUUUUUCUCAUUGGAAAUAGGUACAUUUCAGAAUAUCACAGUCCUGGUCUCAAAAAACUACGUUUGUGGGGAAUAAUAGCCAUUUUCGAUACUUUUGAGGCAUAAGCAAUUAGGAAAUACCACUUACCACCCAGGAACCCAAAUUGUGUUACAUAGUGUUUUUGGCCAAACGGACCUGCAGAAUAUGUUUAUGUCCUACUCAAAUAAUUUACCUAGAGUUUCUUUGAACUUUGAGAUGUUUGACACCCUAAUUUCACUGAAAGUCCCUUGUGACUCUGUGGGCAUAGCAUCUAAUAUUCACCAAUACCAUUGUAUGCGCAAAACCUAUUUCUUUAAAGGCAGAAACACAUUUUCACUUUGGUUGCACAAAAUAUCUCUCGGCAUCAGGGAGACACUCAAGACCAUUUUCAGAAGUGGCGUGAACGCUCAAAGACUUCGGCAACAUCUGAUAUGGUCAGACGGAGGAGUCGCACCUCUCGCUGUCUGAACAAUUCACAAGCUUUACUCACUGCAUUGUGUCUACACGAACUGUUCCGGAUCCUUUUAACAUGUCUUAUAUGAUAUGCUUUGGACCUACUUGUUAUUUACCUAUUUUUCUAUGUGUUUGAUUUAGUUCAGUUAUCCUCGUGUUUGUUCUUGUGUCCGGUCUCUGCUUGUGUGAAAGGUUUUAGUGCUGCAUGUUUGUAUCUAUACCCGUGGGGAUAUGCAUCUUCAAUCGCACUUGCCUGUUCCAGUCAUUGUAUGAACAAGGAGUCUACAAACGGACCAAGGGUAAAGGUCUAAUCAGCUUGUUCGUAGUCUUUUAAAAGGUGCAGUGCAUUCAAGAGCUGCAUUUUAUGCUAUGCACAAACACAUAAAGCAAGCAGGUCUGGUCUGAAAUGGAAAAUAUGAAUAAACUGCUCUGGCAUGUCAGUGAUAAUUAAAUAGACACUGUCAUUGUUAAAACAGUGUCCUAUAUCAUCCUCACCCGAACUGACCGUUGCGUGUUUUAAAUGCAUCUUAAAGAGCACAAGACCCUAGUGUGUGUGCAUAUGCACAUGUUUGUGUUUGUGCAUGUACUGUAUGUGUGGGUGAGUGUUUGUAUGAUGUUAUUCUCUUGUUAACAUAAUCAUAGUGUUGUGGUCAAUCAUUUUAUUAUUCUCUUGCUGAGACAGUUUGAAAAUUGUGAUUUGUAUAAGAAGGUGCAGACUGUAAAAGUGUAUUGUUAUUUGCAGAAUAUUCAAUUAAAAUAUGCUUUGCAUUUG